UCUCAUUCUCGCCGUCCCACGCGUACACAACAUGUCCAGAGGUCGGGGCGGCGGAAGAGGUGGUGGAAGGGGAGGAGGGAGGGGAGGAUUUGGCGCAAACAACCUGCCGCCCAUGGGGCUCACCUUCGCAGACAUUCAGUCUCUCUCUCGUGAAGAGAGCGCAUUGUAUCCCCCUCUUGAGCCCUUGCCUCUCCUUACCGAAUACAACGACGAGGAGAAGCGCAUGGCGAAGCUUCAGAUUGGCUUUGCGACGCGACUGCGAAAAUCCGCGUACUACAUCGUGGAAUCCACCAAGUCAACAGAGCUUCCCCGAUAUUCUGACAAGUAUCGACCAUCUCCGGCGUCACAACCAACGCUAAAACGGAGUGACCUCCAUCAGCCUUUCUUUCCUCAAGAGGUGUUUGAACAGUACUUCAACCCGAAGAAAAAGCAGACAGCGAAGAAAAGGGGACCCGCGAAGCGUGUGAACUUAGAUGAUAUGGCGGAGGACGCUGAGGAACAGGAGAAGUCCGGUGAUGAGCGUUCAGAAGCAGGCUCACAGCCAGCCGAAGAAGACUACGACGUCGAGGAGGAGUAUGACAACGACUACGCGGAGAAUUACUUCGAUCCGGGCGAGGAAGAUGACAACGAUAACCUCGGGGGUGGCGGAGGAGCGGACGAAGGGGGUGGAGCGGGCUACGAUUUCGACUAGCUGCCUAAGAAACUGCACGCUGUACGUUAUUCUUGACUGCAUUGUUCGUUCCGUAGUCCACCAUUGUAGCAUAUUUAUGGGCACACCUACCAUGUUUCGGUAUUGUGAUCACAAUUUGACACGUUCC